AUGCCUAUUAUGUCAGGCGCGGUAGAUACUCCUGCAGUUUCAACCCCUAGGCCACCAGGAUUCGAGAACUUUAGGCCUGUUAGAGAUUACCCAUACGGAAUGCCAUCUACCGCCAUGGCAGGACUUCAAAACAAUUCUUCCAUAUAUACUCAACCACAUAAUACGAAUGUGAAUAGGACUAACACUGACAAUGCCCAAACAUACCAACAACUAUCAAUGCAGAUGGGACGCAUAGCAGACUUCCUAGGUUCCCCACAAUCUGUUGUUCGACGCAGGCCAAACCAGGUUAUAAUCCAGGGAGAAGAACCAACGAUAGAUCAGGUUCGACCACAAAGGCAAGCCCCUGACGAAAGAGUCAUGGGGGCAAGAUUGGAACAACAGCCAAUUCGAUGGGAAAUCCCUAAAGAACAACCUAGGAGAGUGAUAAUGGUUAAUAGAGACCAGGAUGCAGACGAAAUAGAAUUACCAAGGGGUUGUAAAAUCCCUAAGUUCACCAAAUUCUCAGGGGACACUAGUGAAUCCACUAUAGAGCACAUAGCCAGAUACAUGACUGAAGCAGGGGAUUUGGCGAACAGUGAGAACUUAAGGAUGAAAUAUUUCCCUAGUUCUUUAACGAAGAACGCCUUCACGUGGUUUACAACUUUGCCACCAAAAUCCAUAGAUGCUUGGCCCGAAUUAGAAAGAUUGCUUCAUGAACAAUCCUACAUGGGCCAAACUAAGAUAAGUCUUAAGGAAUUAGCCAACAUAAAAAGGAAAUUCGCCGAACCUAUAGAUGAUUAUCUGAAUAGGUUUCGUUUGUUGAAAUCUAGAUGCUUUACAAUAGUGCCUGAACACGAGUUGGUCGAAAUGGCCGUUGGAGGUUUAGACUAUUCCAUCAGGAAAAAGUUAGAUAACCAUCAUCUAAGAGACAUGGCCCAAUUAGCAGAUAGGGUUCAACAGGUUGAACGCUUAAAAUCUGAAAAGGCCAGAGCGAAUAAGAAUUAUAAGAAAGAGAGGGUUGCUUAUGUCGAAUUCGAAGACGGAGAGUCUGAAAUCACUGAAGACCCUUAUGGUCUUGAGGAAUUCGAAGUAGAUUUGGCAGAAUUAAAAGAAGAACCACCUUAUGCCUGCAAAUUACUUACACCUUCGAAUGGCAGAAACCCUGUCGAAACCGAAAAGAAUGAUAGAUUUCCCAAAAAGACUUACACAUUUGAUGUUACCAAACGUGACGAGAUCUUCGAUUUAUUAGUAAAAGAUGGCCAAAUGAUAGUGCCUCCUAAUACCAAAAUUCCUCCGUUAGAACAACGAAAGAAAAGAGGCUUCUAUAAAUAUCAUAAUUUUUUAGGCCAUAAAACUUCACAAUGCUUUCUUUUCAGGGAUCUUAUUCAGAAUGCAAUCAGAGAUGGUCGCCUCAAGUUCGCUGACAAAGGGAAAAACUAG